CCGCUAGGGACCGCGGGUUGAUGUGGGAGGACAAGAAUGCAGACUUGAUAUGGAAGUCAAAACUUCAUUUAGCAAGGGCGACAGAGUUCCUGAAGCUGCAUCCAUGUUAAUUAAUGAAGAAUUUGUCCUGGUUCAUCAGCAGUCGGAGGACUCUUCUGGGAGAGAUGAAAAACCUCUGCUAAAGGUGUUUUCAAAUGGUGAUGAACAACUGGAGAAGGCAAUGGAGGAGAUCCUGAGGGAUUCUGAAAAAGAGCAGAACAGCUAUACUGCUGAGCAGGAAGGUUGCGCUGAUGUCUGCAGCCAGGCAGGUGGAGAUGUAUCAGCAAGUCACACAAAUCAGCUAUCCUUGAACCUUGUUUUAGACCCUUCUACUUCAGGUACUGAAAUCUCUACACCAAGACCCUGUUCCCCCAUUGAACCCCUGGAAGAGGACAGCGUAUUGUUUAAUAAACUGACUUAUUUAGGUUGCAUGAAGGUGUCUGCCCCUCGAAAUGAACCAGAAGCGUUGCGUGCAAUGGCAGCUAUGAAGUCCUCAAGUCAAGCCCCAUUAUCUGUGACCCUUUAUGUUCCAAAUGUUCCUGAAGGCUCUGUAAGGAUAAUAGACCAAUCAAGCAACGUAGAGAAAGCCUCUUUUCCAAUCUACAAAGUGUUGUUUUGUGUACGUGGACAAAACGGGAGUUCAGAGAGUGACUGUUUUGCAUUUACUGAAAGCAGCUGUGGAACAGAAGAGUUCCAGAUUCAUGUUUUCUCCUGUGAGAUUAAAGAGGCGGUCAGCAGGAUUUUAUAUAGUUUCUCAACAGCAUUCAAACGUUCUUCCAAACAAGCAUCUGAUAAUGUUAAGGACUUUGUUCUUCCUACUCCAGAUAGUGAUGUGUACACUUUCAGUGUUUCCUUAGAAGUCAAAGAAGAUGAUGGAAAAGGAAAUUUUAGCCCUGUGCCAAAGGAUAGAGAGAAAUUUUAUUUCAAACUUAAACAGGGAAUUGAGAAGAAAGUGGUGAUUACAGUCCAACAACUCUCCAAUAAAGAACUGGCCAUUGAGAGAUGCUUUGGUAUGCUGCUAAGUCCUGGACGAAAUGUAAAGAACAGUGAUAUGUAUUUAUUGGACAUGGAAUCCAUGGGAAAGAGUUCUGAUGGGAAGGCUUAUGUGAUUACUGGAAUGUGGAAUCCUAACAUGCCAACGUUUGUAGUACUUAAUGAGGAAACUCCUAAAGAUAAACGUGUAUUCAUGACUGUUGCAGUGGAUAUGGUUGUCACCGAAGUGGUAGAGCCUGUCCGUUUCUUGCUGGAGACUCUUGUGCGUGUGUAUCCUGCUAAUGAACGUUUCUGGUAUUUCAGCAGAAAAACCUUCACAGAAACUUUUUACAUGAAGCUAAAACAGUCUGAAGGGAAAAGCCACACAAGUGCUGGAGAUGCGAUUUAUGAAGUUGUCAGUCUACAAAGAGAGUCUGCCAGAGAUGAAGAACUGGCCAGCCCAACAAGUGGAGGAGGACCAAUGUCAUCCCUGGAGGAUGAGGCAGAAGAGGAGAGUGAUAAUGAGCUCUCCAGUGGCACUGGUGAUGUGUCAAAGGAUUGUCCAGAGAAGAUCCUGUAUUCCUGGGGAGAAUUACUGUGCAGAUGGUAUAACAACCUUCUUGCAAGACCGAAGGGGCUGUCUACGCUGGUCAAGAGCGGUGUCCCGGAGGCGCUGAGGGCCGAAGUUUGGCAGUUGCUGGCAGGAUGCCAUGACAACCAGGCAAUGCUGGAUAAAUACAGACUUCUCAUCACAAUG